CUUCAGACUACCUUGCUGAUCCAAGUGCUAGAAAUUCAGUCCACAGACUUUGGUCAAGAUCAUUCCUGUGUCGGAUUCUUUGAGUUUUCCUAGAUAAACAUUAUAAAAUGUCCAGGCCAGUGCCCAUCAUUUCCCAGAAAGAUCUGGAGAACAUUUCCUUGAGUAGGACAGGCUUUGGCAUCACACUCAAAGCUUUCCAUGCGGCUUGGAACACUGAUGUCUCUGUGAAGCUGUUGAGCAACCAGGUAGCAGAACGGAGAGAUUUCAAGGCCCUGCUUCAAGAAGCAGCAAAUACGCGAUGUUUACAGUGCGACCAGCUCUUGCCCUUGUUGGGUAUUUGCCAGUUCCAAGAUUUCCUUGGGGUUGCAACAACAUGGAUGCACAAUGGAUCUCUCUGUUCGCUCAUUCAUGACCGUGAACUCUAUCCGGAUCUGCCUCUUCCUCUAAGCAUACGGAUCCUGUCAGAUGUUGCCACUGGCCUCAGUUAUCUUCACAAUUUGGAGCCUCCUAUCCUUCACCACAAUCUCAAACCUUCCAACGUGUUGUUAGAUCUAGAAUACAGAGCCAAGGUCUCAGAUUUUGGCCAACCCACCUGGAGAAAACAGCAGCUAAGGAUGGCUUUGCAAAACUGUAACAACAACAGUUGCUGGGAUUUGCUUUGCCUCUCCCCUGAAAUGCUGCAGGGAGGGUACUUCUCACAAGAAGGAGAUGUUUAUAGUUUUGGAAUGAUGUGUUGGGAACUCCUAAGUCGACAAAAGCCACUGAAAGGAAAAAAGACUUUGCUUGAAGCUGUGGCCGGAGUCUGCAGCGGCUUGCGCCCAGGGAUUGAACCAGCCUUCAUUCCAAAUGGCUUGCCGCAUCGGAACAAGCUGGUUCAACUCAUCCUUUUAUGCUGGCACCAAGAACCCAACUUUAGACCGAGCGCUGCAGAAUGCACAGUGUUCCUAAAGGAUAUCCUUGGUACCUUUACAAAGGAGAUGAUUUCUGAUGCAAUCUACAAUUUGAUUCAUGCAAAGGAAUGUGCAAUUAAUGGUGCAAAAGGUCCGGUUUCUCACAUCCUUGAAACAGGAACGCGCAAUUUAGAGAUUAUCUGUCCCCAGAAUAACAAUGUGCUCAACAAAAAAAUGAUGUUAAAACCACAGAGCUUGUCAUGUGAUACAGGAAGUCCAAGGAAUGACAUUAACCAGACAAUCCUUGUCAGCAAUGCGCCUCAAGAGACAGCAGUAGAAAAAGGUCCAUCUGCAUGUGCUUGCAAUGGAUCAAGUCUUCCAUCCAUCGCUCUUUCACUUCAUUCAAAGACAAGCAAAAAUAAAACUUGGCCAUUUAACAGUGAGUCCAAAGGUCAUCAGCCACCAUUUCCGCAAAUAGUACAAGAACCAGACUGUCACCCUCCUGACAAAAACUGUCCGAACAAUUGGCCCAACAGCACAUUAAUAGGUCCAUGCUGCAAAGAGAAAAACUGCUCCAUCCUAGCCCUCGAGCGAGAAACCAUCUUGAGCUCGAUGACCGAAGGGCGUUUGAACCACCUUUUGGACGUCUUGCGUUCCCAGCAGCUCUUAUCCAAGGUGGAUUACGAAAUGAUCAUGUCGCUCCCGACGUUGACUGGCCGGACCCGGGCUUUGAUUGACACUUGCCUGGGUCUGGGGGAGAAGGCUGCCGAGACGGUGGUGGGUGUAUUGUCCAGCAGAAGAGGCAGCCUUUCACUGCAAAGGCUCCAGAUAAACCUGGUGAAUUAAACCCUAAGUCUCAAUGCGGUUUGCACUGUGGCUUCAUCAAUCCAGCCAUGGAGGGGCGCCUUGCGUUACUUUUCAGAAAUGCUCAUCCUCUUAAAAUAAAUAAAUAAAUACCUGGAUUGGAUGAGGAGAACGGGCUGCCCACUGCCUGAAGGAAAAGCAUCCGUGUUUCCUAUUGCUGGCAUGACACUGGCCUGUUUGGGCUCUAAAGGCCCUUGCUUUCCCUCGAAGACAGCCGAGCACAGGGCUCUCAUUUUCAGACUGUGCAAAAGUGGAUUGCGGAGCUGCGGGAAAUAAAAAGGCAUUUAAGGGCAGGGCUUUCCCAGUUACCCAUUGGUAGCAAAGGUGAUGUCGCUAAUGGCUUCAAGCAAGCUGUAAGGCAGAUGGUCCAUCUUCUGGAGCAAAGUAUACGUCUGGUUCUCUGCACCUGAAAUCAAGGCAGCGUGAAGCAAGAGAGAUUCAGAAUUCAGAUCCUUCCCAAAUGAGGCAUGUUGAUGCUCAAUACUCAACUGGGAUUACUAAUCUGCAAUGGCUCAGAGAAUAAGGGGAAACUAUGUUGAUCAUCUCACGCUUGUGAAGUUAAGCAGGUUUGAUGCUGGGAGAUCUCCUGAAAGUUAUGUAUGAACUAAUUAUUUAAAGAUUUGUGUGUUAUCUUUCAGUAAAUGUAAACAUACACAUGUAAAAAAAAAUGGUGUCCAUUAUUUUUAUUUCCAAAAUUGUACAAUUAAGAAAAUAAACUCCAGUCUGGGUUCAUGCAUGUUAUUCAGCCAAUUUUCUUUAACCAUGAUUUUUCUGAAGAAACCACAAUGGACUGGGUUUGCCAAAGAAAACCCAAACCAUAAACCAUAGCUAACAAACCACAAAGUUGGUGCUAGACCCAAUUCAAACUAAUUGCAUUAUGCCCUAAUGUGUUAUGUUUUAGUUGAGUUGAGUUUAUGGUUUAUUGAUUAGUCAAAUGGCCAUAUCACAUCUAAUGUGUUGUGUGAACCAGGUCUGAUAACUGGAUCCAGGCUAAGUUAGUUGCACUGAGGUCCUUUGAUAACCACCAGAAAGUUCAUCAUUGCCUAAAACGAAACCCACUGAUUGAAAUGAGAACUAAAUGCCAACUGGAUCUGAAACGUAAUAAAAUAACUGUAACCGAAAGGUCAUUGAACUCUUAAAAAAGAAUUUCUUUAAAAAGAAGACUUCAGGAUAAAAAUAUUGCAUAUGACAACUUACAAAUACAAUAAAAUAAAAUUGUAUAAAUGAGGCAGGAUAAUUGCACAAUAAUUGUUUGGAAGUAAGCUGCCAUGGUAACCUGAAAGCCAUUGUGAUGUAGUGAUAUAGGUCCUGGAUUAGGAGUGGGAAGACCCAGGUUUUAGUCCCCCCAGAGCCA